ACUGACCUCAGUCCGGGAACACGCCGCCGAGGAACGCUGUGUUUGAAACAUGGCUGCGGACGCGGAGCGGGAGAGCUCAGAAAACAAGCGAAAACUAGAGGAGGAGGAGGACGGAGAUGAAGGCUGGGUCGGCCCCCUGCCCACUGAGGCUGUUCAGACCAAGAAAAGAAAAGUUCUCGAAUAUGAAAGAGUGUAUCUGGACAACUUGCCUUCCGCAGCCAUGUAUGAACGCAGCUACAUGCACAGAGACAUAAUCUCCCAUAUUGCCUGCUCCAAAACAGACUUUAUUAUUACAGCAAGUCAAGAUGGCCAUGUCAAGUUCUGGAAGAAGAAGGAGGAUGAGGGAAUUGAGUUUGUCAAGCAUUUCCGGAGCCACCUGAGUGUGAUCGAGUGUAUUUCGGUCAGUGCUGAGGGGGCUCUGCUCUGCACUGUUGGUGAUGAUCAGGCUAUGAAGGUUUUUGACGUUGUGAACUUUGACAUGAUCAACAUGCUCAAACUUGGGUUCCACCCUGGUCAGUGUGAAUGGAUCUAUAAUCCAGGAGAUGCGAUCUCGACCGUUGCCUGUUCUGAGAAGUCCACUGGAAAGAUCUUCAUCUACGACGGUCGUGGAAGCAAUGAUCCGCUGCACAAGUUUGAGAAGAUGCACACCUCUCCACUCUCUCAGAUUCGCCUCAACCCCAGAUAUCGAGUGAUCGUCUCGGCGGACAGAGCCGGCAUGCUGGAGUACUGGACGGGUCUCCCCAGUGAAUUUAAAUUCCCCAGACAGGUGGACUGGGAGUAUAAGACUGACACAGACUUGUAUGAAUUUGCGAAAUGUAAAACCUAUCCCACCAGCCUGGCGUUUUCUCAAGAUGGUAAAAAGAUGGCCACUAUCGCCACUGACCGCAAAGUGAGAAUCUUCCGCUUCGUGACGGGGAAGCUGAUGAGAGUGUUCGAUGAGUCUCUAACGAUGUUCACAGAGCUGCAGCAGAUGAGGCAGCAGCUGCCAGAUAUGGAGUUUGGCCGCAGGAUGGCUGUGGAGAGAGAGCUGGAGAAGGUGGACGGGAUCCGCCUGACCAACAUCAUCUUUGAUGAGACGGGCCACUUUGUGCUCUAUGGAACCAUGUUGGGCAUCAAGGUCAUCAAUGUGGAGACAAACAGGUGCGUUCGCAUCUUCGGGAAGCAGGAGAACAUACGUGUGGUGCAGUUGAGUCUGUUUCAGGGGGUGGCAAAAUCCCUGAAGGCAGCUCCCACCAUAGAGAUGAAAGCCUCUGAUAACCCAGCUUUACAGAGUACCAGUGCUGACCCCACCAUCUUCUGCACAGCCUUCAAGAAGAACCGCUUCUACAUGUUUACAAAAAGAGAACCAGAGGACACCAAGAGUGCUGAAUCUGACCGAGAUGUCUUCAACGAAAAGCCGUCUAAAGAGGAGGUUAUGGCUGCCACUCAGGCAGAAGGGCCAAAGAGGGUCUCGGACAGUGCCAUCAUCCACACCACUAUGGGAGACGUCCACAUUAAACUGUUUCCUGUGGAGUGCCCAAAAACGGUGGAAAACUUCUGUGUCCACAGCCGGAAUGGUUACUACAACGGACACGUAUUCCAUCGAGUUAUCAAGGGUUUCAUGAUCCAGACAGGAGACCCCACAGGAACAGGCAUGGGAGGAGAGAGUAUCUGGGGAGGAGAGUUUGAGGAUGAGUUUCACGCUACUCUGAGGCACGACAGGCCGUACACUCUCAGCAUGGCCAAUGCUGGCGCAGGAACCAACGGAUCACAGUUCUUCGUCACUGUGGUCCCCACUCCAUGGUUGGACAACAAGCACACAGUAUUUGGAAGAACUACCAAAGGAAUGGAGGUGGUCCAGAGAAUCUCCAACGUCAAGGUCAACCCCAAGACCGACAAGCCGUAUGAAGAUGUGAGCAUCAUCAAUAUCACAAUCAAGUAGAUUUUACGACUGUACAGACUGUCCUGUCAUCAUUUUGUACAAUAAAGACGUUUUUUUU